AUGAGGCUCGAGAGAGCGUGAGUGGGUCCCGUCACCUCGCACAGAGAGCGCGACGCUGAUGCUUUGAUAAUAUCCCGUUGCAGUCUGUUGUACGAGUAUCUAGACGCAGAGCUAGGCGCAGCAGCUCCAGGUCUCCCCACGCGUCCACAACAUCCAAUCGCUCAUCCAGCCACGACGGAGCAAGAAUACGCAGCAUCACGUACCGCCUUACCACCCAAACCCGAGUCCAAUCUGCAAAGUGCCGAUCGUCCCUCUGACCCAUCGCUCUUGCUGAAUGCCAAGGGCGGACGGAGCAUCUCACAAUCGCGCGAAGCGGUGGAUGCGUAUGUGAUUGGGGAAAAGGAAAAGAGGAAAGCGGCGGAACUUGCCGCGCAGCAGCAGCAGACACUUGCUGAUCAGAACGGGAGUGAAGCGACACGAGAGGGAGGAGAGGAUGGGAAUGCUAUGGAGGUGGACGCUGUGGAGAAUGCGAGCUCGAAUACGCCUGGUCCGGCAGCUGCAAGUCGGGUCAAGAUCACCAUCAAAAGGAGCGCCGGGCCUAAUACCGCUGCUUAA